AAAACGCCAUUUACGCUUACUCUUGCUCGGACUUCCGGGUACAAAUCGUGACAAAAAUUAUAAGCGAUUUAUGAUGAGGAACCUAAUGUUUUAGUUGGAGUUUGCAAUAGAACAGCAUUGAACGACAUUUUUGGAACACUGUGGUUGAAUUCUGUUUCAGGUUGUGUAGAUGUGAGACUUGAAUAUGGCUGAUGAAGAGGCAGUAGACUGGCAAGCCCAGUAUGAGGAGGCGCUGGAAAAAUUAAAUCAGCUUGAAACAACGUCAAAAGAUGCACAGAAGCAGUAUGAUGACCUCCUUGAGAAACAUAAAACAGUUGAGAAACAGAAUGAAGAGUUACACAAUAAAUUACAUAGCCAGAAAGAUCAGCUGAAUGAAGUUAAUAAAUUGAUAGAGCCUGCUCUUGAGGAGUAUAAUAAACUACAGAACAAAUAUGAGAUAGAGAAAGGUUGUCGACAUGAAGCAGAGACGUAUGCUUCACAGAUAGUGAGACAGAACAAGAAGUUGAAACGACAGAGUAUGGAUCUGAUAGCUGUGAUGAACAAAAGUAGUACUCCACUACAUCUGAUGAAUAUCAACUUAGAGGAGGAUGAUUCGGAGGAUAAGAAAUUAGAAAACGGGUAUCAGGAGUCACUGAACAAAACUUUAAGAGAACUAAAGAAUGAGGUUGCACAAUUAAAAGCUAGUCUUUCAAAGUCACAAGAUGAAUUACAAGUGGAGAAAGAUAACUAUAAAUGGGCAUCCGAAAUGUACAAGUCUGUGAAGACACAACUACAACAAACAGAGACGUCCUUAAAACAACAUAAGGAAGCUAUGAAAGAACUCUCCACAGUAUCUGAAGCAGCCUAUGAUGAGUAUGAGAAUUUGAAAGAAAGAUAUGAACUAGAAAUAAAGAGAAGAAGUGUAUUUGAAAAGAAAAUUGAAGAGGUAGCAGUGCAGAACAAUAAAAUGAAGAGACAGAGUGAAGUAUUACUGAUGAAGCUAACUCCAGGGGACCAGCUUCAUAAAGCUUUAAUGGAAAUAGAGGAUCUCACUGAAAAACUUAAUGAGCAGAGAAAAUAUUAUGAUGCUGAGAUCUCAAAGUUAGAGUCCAAAGUACAAGAACAUACAGACAAUAAAGUUUUAAGAGAAUCAAUGGAAAGUGAAAGACUUGUCUUAGAGACAGAAAAAGACGACCUAAUAAAGCGUGUAAAAGAUUAUGAAGAAAAAUAUGCAAAAUUAGAGGAGGAAUAUGAUGCACUUCUGAAGAAAUAUGAAGACUCAAAAUGUCCCCCACCACCACCGCCACCACCACCCCCUCCUGCCAUAACUGCAAGUAAAGGAUUUUUAUCCAGAAUUGUUAGAAAAAAGAAAGGUGAUAGAGCAAAAUUGAAAGUUGCUGGAGCAAAUGUGAAUACUGACUUUAAUAAAGCUCUUGACGAGAUGAUGGAGAACAUCAAGAAAGGGAAGUCACUACGACCUACACUGAAACCAGUAAAAAGGGGGAGUGGUGAUGCAGGGUCUGGAGAUUUCAGAAUGAUCCUAAAAUCUAAAAGUUUAGAUGAUGUUGAAAGACAGGAUACUCCACAAUCACCAGGAUCUGAAAGUGAUAACAGUGCAAUGAGUGAACUACACAACAUCAUGAGCAAGAUGAAGAGGACUCACAGUGAGAGUGAUUUGUUGUCCCCGAUAGAGUCAGAGCAUGGAGAGUCGGAACUAGCUAGAACAUUUAGACGAGUGAAGAAAUCACACUCGGUAGAUCCUGUUCCAGACGUGCAGAGACGUAACAAGUUGUCAUUGGUUACAGAAGAAAGAGAAUCUGAAGUGCUUUUGAGACGAAAAUGGAAGCAUUAAGAAGAGGCAGCAGCUCCCGGCAAGCUUCAUUAGUACGCUCUAAAAGUGCUGAAGAUGACGUGUUCAGCAACUCCUGAUCUGACCACAGGAUCACUGGCAUUCAGAUGAACAAUGAUUUGUGCAAUGUGCAGGGCUUCCUAACAUUCUUAUCAUGUUCUUCUUGUAUUACUACAAUGCAUAUGCACCAUAAGCAUGUGCAAUGUUAAGCGCUAUCAUAUAGUGUUGUAGUAGCAAUCAUACAUUUAGAGGUGAUAGACUUUAAUCAUCAGCUUAAUUCCAGAAUGCUGUAUAUAGGUACUUAGAAAUAUUUUUAUGCCCCCGAAGGGAGGCAUAUAGUUUUUGAACCGUCUGUCCGUCUGUCGGUCUGUUGGUCCGUCGGUCUGUCGGUCUGUCAGUCUGUCCGCAAUUUUCGUGUCCGGUCCAUAUCUUUGUCAUCGAUGGAUGGAUUUUCAAAUAACUUGGCAUGAAUGUGUACCACAGUAAGACGACGUGUCGCGCGCAAGACCCAGGUCCGUAGCUCAAAGGUCAAGGUCACACUUAGACGUUAAAGGAUAGUGCAUUGAUGGGAGUGUCCGGUCCAUGUCUUUGUCAUUGAUAGAUGGAUUUUCAAAUAACUUGGCAUGAAUGUGUACCACAGUAAUACGACGUGUCGUGCGCAAGACCCAGGUCCGUAGCUCAAAGGUCAAGGUCACACUUAGACGUUAAAGGUCAUUUUUCAUGAUAGUGCAUUGAUGGGCGUGUCCGGUCCAUAUCUUUGUCAUUCAUGCAUGGAUUUUAAAAUAACUACGCAUGAAUGUGUGACACAGUAAGACGACGUGUCGCGCGCAAGACCCAGCUCCGUAGGUCAAAGGUCCUAAACUCUAACAUCGGCCAUAACUAUUCAUUCAAAGUGCCAUCGGGGGCAUGUGUCAUCCUAUGGAGACAGCUCUUGUUCAUUUUAUUCUGGUAUCAUUAUGUUCAUCCUGAAGAGCCAUAUCUGCUCAUAUUAUUUACAGCUUUAUAGAAUUAAUUAAUACAACAAAAAAAAGGGAUUUAAAAAAAUGUUUAACUAUGCAAAUUUCAAGACACCUUGUUUUUCUCAGAAUACCAAUAUGGACUUACAGCAUUGUGGAAUUAAGUCGAUGUUUUUUACUGUAGGAAAGGUUAUGUCACAAAUAUUCCUAGGAUUUUAGAUUAUACUGUAUAACUCAUAGAGGAGCUUCCGAAAUGUAUACAUUAUGCGUAGAUAUUUGAAACAAAUGUUCCCUGUAACCUCUUGUAUAUUUAUGUUUAAAUUUUAUAAUUUGUUGUUGAUUUUUUGCAUAAAGUUUAUCAAUUUUUUGAAGAUAUCUAAUUUUUGUUUACAUCUGUGAAAAUAUUGAAAUUAUAUUAGUUAUAGAAUUUUAGGUUUUUGCCAGUAAUUUGUUUAAAGUUUUAUUUUGACACAAGGUUGAUUAACCCUUACCCUGCUAUAUUUCUAUAAUGGACUGGUCCAUCUUUCAAUUUUGACAGUACCACUUAUUACUCAAAGGUGUGUUCACUGAAAAUUAACUGACUGAAUAGCGAACAGUGCAGACCAUGAUCAGACUGCACGGAUGUGCAGGCUGAUCUUGGUCUGCACUGGUCGCAAAGGCAGAAUCACUUGCCGCCAGCAGGCUAAGGGUUAAAUAUGUUUUUGAUAGCUUAUUAUACAAAAGUUAGAACAACUCUUCUUAUGAUUACACUGUUUUGUUUUUUCUCCUUUUUUUGGAAAAAAGUAACUUCCACCGUUUGAUAUAUACAUUUGUAACAGUGCCCAAUUACAUUCCGUUUUUAUUAGCUCACCUGUCACAAAGUGACAAGGUGAGCUUUUGUGAUCGCGCAGCGUCCGUCGUCUGUGCGUCCGUCCGUGCGUAAACUUUUGCUUGUGACCACUCUAGAGGUCACAUUUUUCAUGGGGUCUUUAUGAAAAUUAGUCAGAAUGUUCUCCUUGAUAAUAUCUAGGUCAAGUUCAAAACAGGGUCACGUGCGGUCAAAAACUAGGUCAGUAGGUCUAAAAAUAGAAAAACCUUGGGACCUCUCUAGAGGCCAUAUAUGUCACAAGAUCUUCAUGAAAAUUGGUCAGAGUGUUCACCUUGAUGAUAUCUAGGUCAAGUUCGAAACUGGGUCACGUGCCUUCAAAAACUAGGUCAGUAGGUCAAAUAAUAGAAAAACCUUGUGACCUCUCUAAAGGCCAUAUUUUUCAUGGGAUCUGUAUGAAAGUUUGUCUGAAUGUUCAUCUUGAUGAUAUCUAGGUCAAGUUCGAAACUGGGUCACGUGCGAUCAAAAACUAGGUCAGUAGGUUUAAAAAUAGAAAAACCUUAUGACCUCUCUAGAGGCCAUAGUUGUGAAUGGAUCUUCAUAAAAAUUGGUCAGAAUGUUCAUCUUGAUGAUAUCUAGGUCAAAUUCGAAAGUGGGUCACGUGUCCUCAAAAAGUAGGUCAGUAAGUCAAGUAAUAGUAAAACCUUGUGACCUCUAUAGAGGUCAUAUUUUUCAUGGGAUCUGUAUGAAAGUUGGUCUGAAUGUUUAUCUUGAUGAUAUAUGUAUUGGUCAAGUUUGAAACUGGGUCAACUGUGAUCAGAAACUAAAUCAGAAGGUCUUAAAAUAGAAAAACCUUGUGACCUCUCUAGAGGCCAUACCCUUGAAUGGAUCUUCAUGAAAAUUGGUCAGAAUGUUCACCUUGAUGAUAUCUAGGUCAAGUUUGAAACUGGGUCACGUGCCUUCAAAAACUAGGUCAGUAGGUCAGAUAAUAAAUAAACUUUGUAACCUCUCUAGAGGCCAUACUUUUCAUGGGAUCUGUAUGAAAGUUGGUCUGAAUGUUCAUCUUGAUGAUAUCUAGGUCGUGUUUGAAACUGGGUGAACUGUGGUCAAAAACUAGGUCAGUAGGUCUAAAAUUUAAAAAAUCUUUUGACCUCUCUAGAGGCCACGUUUUUCAAUGGAUCUUCAUGAAAAUUGGUCAGAAUUUUUAUCUUGAUGAUAUCUAGGUCAAGUUCAAAACUGGGUCACAUAAGCUCAAAAACUAGGUCACUAUGUCAAAUAAUAGAAAAAAACGACGUCAUACUCAAAACUGGGUCAUGUGGGAACAGGUGAGCGAUUCAGGACCAUCAUGGUCGUCUUGUCUAUAGAUGAGAAUCUAAUUAUACAAAACUUUGAUAAUGAAACAUUCCAGUUAUAGAUGAAACUUUUCGUUUAUGAUAAAAUUAAUUUGCCAUUUUUCUCUAGGUAUUGUAUAUAAAUAUAAGGGAAAGAUCAUUUUCAUUUUUAUGACCUUUUUCAUGAUUUUGAUAUUGAUGGUCAUUGAUUGUCAAAACAACCUUUUUUUUUAUUUUUCACUAAAAUACAAUUUUCUUUCAUUUUAAGGUUGAUUUCAGCAUUAUUUAUAUUAUUGUCCAUAUUGAUUUGAGCUUUAUGUAUGAACAUUCCACUUACAUGUAAUUGUUUGUUUGAAGGGUUGUUUUAAUAUAUGUGCUAUUUCUGUUUGCCAAGAUACACAUGUGAUAACAUGUCUAUGAAAUUUCUUGUUGUAAAGAAAGGUUUGUAAGGAUACAGAAUUCAUUCCAAUUUUUAUUAGUGUAUUUUAAAGUGUCUCAUACAGCACAUAUUUUCACAUAUCUAACUUACAGAGUGUAUAUCAUACAAUCUGACUAAAGUACUUGAUCUUCUAAACGAAGAUCUGAGAACGACCUAUUCACAUUCGUCUCCUGUAUAUUUUGGAUUUCCAUUAUUGCUAUUAUUAUGUUAUCCAAUCAGACAACUUGUUCGAUUGUCAGAGGAUAAGAAAAAUAUGCGGUUAUUCCAGGACUCGAACCCGGGAUCCCUCACUUACAAAGCAAGUGGCCUACCGACUGAGCUAACCGGCUAUCUGAUACAUUACGACAUAAGAAUUGUAAAUAUCAAAAGUCAAUGCUACAUGUAGAUUUGCAAGAUGUUGUAAGCUAGGCUCUGAUUGGCUAGUGAAAGAGCCGUCAGAACGAGGCAAUGAAUAGGUCGUUUUCAGAUCCUAUGCGUAGCGUAAUAUAGGAGAUGUACUUUAGUCAGAUUGUAUAUCAUAUAUAUUUAGUUUAUACAUUAGAUGACACAAAAGCUUUGUUGUAGUUUAGAAAUUUAUCAAUUUGAAAAUAGAUCUAUUUAUACAUUCACUAUGUGUGAUAUUGUGUUAUUUGUAAUGGUAAUUCUGGUAAUUCCUAGCUUGUUAUCACCCCAUGUGGUUCUAGGACGAUCCUUAUAUGAGAAGAAUUGGAACCACUGUCUUAACUUUGCAUAAAAAUCAGCAGUGACUAAUAGGGUCUGAACACCUGGUUUUACUGUAUCUCUGCCAUUCCAGCAGCUAUAAAAGUUUUGAUUCCAUACUUCAUGUUUUUAUUUCCAUGUAAAUUAGAUGUGAUACCAACAUUUUUAGUCCUAUUUGGUGCCAUACAACCUAUAUGGUUUAUGCGCCAUAAAAGCCAAAUUAAAUAAAAUCAAUUUAGCUUGUUAUCGUCAAUUUUUCUGAGACAAUAUAGUUUUUCUCAUGCUUGCCAGUCUUUCUUUAGUUCCAGUCAGUUAACAUAGAGAGUGUUACAUUUGCCAUUGUACUUGAUAAUUAUGAUUGCCUCUAGGCUCUGUUUUGGAUGACAUCAAUGGUGAAGGUCACUCUGGUCAAGGUCACUCCGACCUUGAGACUGAAAACGUUAAUGCCAGAGUAACUUUUAUACAAGACUCCUUCAGAUACAUUGAUAACCAACUGUCCGCCGGUAAGCUCACUUUGAAGAGGAGCAGUGGUCUUGUGGUUAAGGUGUCGGCUGCUGAACCCAGAGCUUUUUGGUUCGAUCCCAACUGGGGUCAGGACCACGCCUCACAUGACACCAGUACUGAUUUUUCCAGGAAGUGGACUCGGGAGUGGUUCAAAUAAGCUUGAAGCUUCAAUUAGUAUAAACUAAGUCCUUCAUGGCCUUAUUCUUUUCAGUUCCAGAUGAUUCCUUGUUAAGGGUUUGUUUGUUCUCAGCAGAUUCAGUAUAAUAAUGGUUGUCAUUUUGAGUCUAUAAUCAUUUAAAAUUUAGAAAAUAUGUUACAAUGUACACUGUUUUUCAUAUGUGUAUAGUGUAUCAUUUAAAAUUCAGAAAUUAUGUUACACUGUUUUUUCGUAUGUGUAUAUCAUAUCAUUUUAUUAUUCAACAGUUAAAACUUUUAUUAUAGUGAUGCUCUUCCUAAUGGACAGUCCUUUUGUAAAAGUAUUUGUUUGUAUAUUUUUACAUACUUUGGCAAGUUUUUGUCAUUUUGAUAUAACUUACAAUUUUAGUUUCAUGUUACGAAAGUUGAGCAAAGUGUUUCAGAGAAGCUAUGAACUUGUGAAAUAUAAGACAACAGAACAUUGCAUAUGUUCUUAAGCCUGGCAUUAAGGUAGUUCUGCAUGUUUGAUAAACUAGAAGUGAUUGUGUAACACCAUUUAUCCGCAUAAUGUUACUAUCUUUCUAAAAUAUAUUAAAAAAUUUGGACUUGUUAAAUAAUUCUUAGUAUUAAAUGCUUUAUAAUGAGUUUGAAAUAUGUUCAUCUUUUUUAAUCACGGGCAUAUAUCUUAAAAGCAUGCUCACGGACCCAUACAUUCUAUUUCCCCGGAUUAUAUACCAUAUACCUAUGUGUGUGAGAAGUUUCAUUAAAAUCCAUGUUGAAGACAAUUUCUAUUAGCAAAAAUAUCAUUUAAGUUGUGAUAUUCUCAUAGACUUCCAUUAUGAUAAUUUGCGUAGAUCAAGUUUUUGUUUUCAAACAAGUCCAGCUAAAAAGCAAGCACAUGACCCUUUCUUUUUUAUUUGCCAAAUUUAGUAUAUUUUUAAGUUUUGAAAAUCAGGGUUUUAUCAAGUUCUUUGUUGCAGAUAACUUUUUGAUCCAAAUGUGCAUAACUACCUUAAAUUAUUGAAAGACAGUGGACAGUAUAUGAUUUAACUCGAUCAUAACUAUGCUGUAAGCUUUAAAGUAAACUGGUGGGGCAUGCAUGGGUCUGAUGCUUUUCUAGACACAUUGCAUUCUAGACAUACUGGAAUGUUAUUCGACUUCAUACUUAAAUUUAAAACGAUGUUUGUACAAGUAGUAUGUUUGCUUUGUGUAUAAAAUCUUGCCAAUAGUGCUGUUAAAUUAGGUCCUACAUGCUUUCAUCGAUGUGUUUGAUAUGAAUAAAAUGUGAUCAUUA